AUGGUUUCGUUUCUCCAGUCGGUCAUGCAGCUGCCAUACCUCAGCGACGAAGACCAGAACCUCGUCAUUCACGGCGUUGUCGCGGUUGUCUCGGACGCCAUGGGCGAGUCCAAGCUCGACGAAAUUCUCGACAAGGAGGUCCCGCCGCUGCCGCUGGUUGGCAUCUUUAUUCGUGGCGCCAUGGGCAUUGAAAACGUCAACUUGAUCCGCGAGCAAUGUCAAAACUUGAUGCAGCUGCCGCUGCCGGUCUCGAUCCCGCGCCCGAUUGAAGACUACAUAGUCAGUCACGUUGUCGACACGCUCGUCUCCGUGCUCGGCGAUGCGAUCGACAUGUCGCUCAAAGAGUGCUUUGUCUCGACAUGUGGCGCCAAGACCGCCACGUCCAACGCGGACUUUAUCCAGGUGCUCCGCGCCAACACGACGACGCUCUUCCGCGAGCAUUUGGAUCUGCGCUUCACGCCCAUCGUGAUCGAAGAGUACUUUGUCAUGCAGCUCGUGGACGCUUACUUUAGCGUCUGCGUCAACGACGAGAAGAUUGGGACGGCCAUCUCCGUUCUCAUUUCGCCGCUCGAGCCGCCCGUGCACAUCCAACCGCUCGAGCCGCCGCUGGCCGCCCGCUUUCAUGACGACGAGAACUGCGCCUGCUCGUCAUAG